GUGGUUUACUGUGUUUGACAGUCUUGCUCUUGCAGUACGUAAGGACUGUGGCUGUUAUCAAACACUGUUACACUGAAGAACUGUAAGAAUAUCUAGAACAUUUGAUAGUAUUUUUUGAAAGAGUGGAGGGCAAGUGGCAGCGGGAGAAUGGCUCAAAUGUUGGGGCUGCUCUCGACGGCUGCUUUGCCUCUACGGAUCGCAGUGAGAGCAUGUGUACGCAGUUCAGUGUCAAGGAAGUUCUCUGUGCGGCCCAGCUAUCGUGGCUCCUCGGUCAGGGUAAGGUUGUUUUGUUAUGUGUUCAUUCAGCCAACUGAAAUUAGGCAUAAACUAAUAAGCCAUUCUAGCUAGUUCUAUACAACAUACAACCAGUGGCUAGAACUGUAUUGGGCUGUCAGAACUGUGUGCCUAUAGUUAGUUAGCUAGCUAGCCUAGCUACUACUAGGCAGUAACGUUAGGUCAACAUACUAACUAGCCAAGUUAGCUAUUAGCUAGCUAGAUACACAACCAGUUAUAAAUCAAACUCUUUCCCAUAAUCCUGAUGUCAUGCUUUCCUCCUCAGAGGCUUGCACAAAAUAAGUUAUUGUCAUCUGAUGGAAUCUUUUCAUCUCAUGGACUACUAUACUCCACUAAGCCGCCAAAAGGUAAGACCCAAGAGACGUGUCUAAGAAGUGUCUGUUACAUAAAAUCAUGAAUUGCAGUGCUAUAGAGCCUAACGUUAGUGGAAUGCAGUAUAAUGAUCAUCUACUGGUCUAAGGGUCAACCUAGGAUACCCUGACUAGAUCUGCCAACCUAGAUGGUGUUCCUUGGCUCUAACCAACAUUGUCUGCCUGGAGUGGACCGACCUAAUGCUGUCAUUCACUUUUGAUUGGCAGAUGGUAAAGAGAAGGAAUCAGGAGGCCGUGGAGGCGGAGGGAAAAGAGGAGGAGGGAAAGAUUGGUGGAGCCGCAUGCAGAAGGUGUGUGAUGUGAAUGGUCUGUCAAUAUUUACAUGUCAUAUCAAGGAGCGGGUGGUAUUAUUUGUUUGUGUGUGGGUUCAAAGUUUAUUUGCCACUUGCACAGGAUACAACAGGUGUAACUUUCCCAACAGUGCAGUAAUAAAAAUAAUAAUAUACAAAAUAAAAGUAUAAUAAAAACACGAGAUAGGAGAUAAGAUGAAGAAACACGAGAAUGCAAGUACACUGAGUUUACAAAACAUUACAGCAUCUUUCUAAUUUUGAGUUGAACCCCCUUUUGCCCUCAGAACAGCCUCAAUUCAACGGGGCAUGGACUCUACAAGGUGUCAAGUGUUCCACAGGGAAGCUGGCCCAUGUUGACUCCAGUGCUUCCCACAGUUGUGUCAAGUUGGCUGGAUGUCCUUUGGGUGGUGAACCAUUCUUGAUACACACGGGAAACUGUUGAGCGUGAACCCGGCAGCAUUGCAGUUCUUGACAAUCAUACCGGUGCGCCUGGCACCUACUACCAUACCUCGUUCAAAGGCACUUAAAUCUUUUGUCUUGCCCAUUCACCCUCUGAAUGGCACACAUACCAAUACAUGUCUCUGUUGUCUCAAUGCCUAAAAAUCAUUAUUUAACCUGUCUUAUCCCCUUAAUCUACACUGAUUUGAAGUGGAUUUAACAAGUGACAUCAACAAGGGAUCAUAGCCUUCACCUGAUUCACCUGGUCAGUCUGUCAUGGAAAGACUGUUCCUAAUGUUUUGUACACUCAGUGUAUAUACAGGUCAGUACCAUACUCAAUGUGCAGGGGUACUGGAGUGAUUGAGGUAGGUAUAUAUAUGUGUGUGUGUGACAUUCAAUGGCACUGGAUGCAGAUACCUCAACAUGUUGACCUUUCCUCUGCCUUUCUAGGGUGACAUCCCAUGGGAUGAGAAAGACUUCCGUGCCCUGGCAGUGGUACUAGCUGGGAUAUCCUCUGCCACGCUCUACUAUCAAUUCAGAGACACAGGCAAGGAGAUCACCUGGAAGGACUUUGUACAUCGCUACCUUGGCAGAGGAAUGGUGAGAACAAAAUUCAGCAAUUUAGCGAAGAAUAGAGAUACUGUUUAUGGAAAUACAUGCUGAUUAUUAAUACAAUCAUAAUGCCAAGGUGAUGUAACUGCUCAGACACAGAACUUUUUUUGUUUUGUUUCUAUUCUUUUGUCAUAGUUCUUUAUUUUAUUUGUAUGUCGCUGUCUGUACGAUGCAAGAAUAGGCCUAUCAUUGUUUGUUCUCUUCACAGGUCGACCGUUUAGAGGUUGUCAACAAACAGUAUGUCCGAGUCAUUCUAGUACCUGGAGCAGAGGCUGAUGCGGUAGGUAAAAAACUACCAUUCUCUGGAAUCAGAACAGUGACUCACUUAGCAUGAUGAAUCACUUGAUGAGUUAAUAUUCAUGCCGGGGUGGAUAAGGGCUUUCAGUAGGCUUGAUUAAAUGAGAAUGUUAGUGUUUUGUGAAUACAACACUAGAACCGCCAUAGCCAACGGCCACAGACGUUGUAUUUUUUGGUCCUUCCCUGACUUUUCCUAAAUGUUUGUAUUUUACACUGUUCAUUUGUCCGAAUUUUGAAAUGACAAACAAAAAAGUAUUUAGAGCCUUUUUACCUGUUUUUUUUUUUCACACGUAUUCCCAAUUUAACCUGCCAAGACAAUGUGAUGUAGGACGUUGGUACCCAGCCAGGCGCUAAUGCGUGUCUCUCUCCUCACUGAAUGAAUGACAAAUGGAUGAAUGGGCGAUAAUUGUGCACCUUACUUCACAAUUCAAUUUAAAUUAGGCCUAACUGAAUGAUAAGCAGGGUGAAGAGGUUGAUUUUAAUUUAGAAAGACAAUAGUGUAAUGAUAAGUUUGUUAUUACUUUUUAUCAGCAGCAAAUCAUUUGACCGUGCGCCUUGCAGGUUGAUACCAUUCUCUGUAACUGGACUUUAAUAAUUACUAUAACUCUAUUACUAAUCCAAUCUACAAAUAAAGUUGAUCAAAUGGAUUACACUGUAAUGUUUUUAUUGUAAGGGAAACUAAAAUAGGCUAUAGGCCUAUGUUUUUUCUUCGUAGAAAUAUACAAAACAUAUCCUUGACUCUAUCUAAACAAAUAACUAUUGUUAUAUUUCCACAAAUAUUUCUUCAUGCAAUUUUCAUGUAAUUAAUCCUUUAUCAAGCGUUGGUGCUUAUGUUUGCGCACCUUGCAGGUUGAUAUCACUGGCCACUUCUAUCUCAAGGCCAUCAGACUGUUAAAUAGCCAUCACUAGCACAUUAGAGGCUGCUGCUGCCAAUUGAAAUCACCGGCCACUUUAAGAAAUGGAACACUAGUCACUUUAAUAAUGUUUACAUAUCUUGCGUUACUCAUCUCAUAUGUAUAUACUGUAUUCUAUAAUAUUCUACUGUAUCUUAGUCCAUGCCGCUCUGUCAUUGCUUGUCCAUAUAUGUAUACAGUUGAAGUCAUAAAUUUACAUACACUUAGGUUGGAGUCAUUAAAACUCGUUUUUCAACCACUCCACAAAUUUCGUGUUAACAAACUAUAGUUUUGGCAAGUCAGUUAAGACAUCUACUUUGUUCAUGACACAAGUAAUUUCUCCAACAAUUGUUUACAGACGGAUUAUUUCACUUAUAAUUCACUGUAUCACAAUUCCAGUGGGUCAGAAUUUUACAUUCACUAAGUUGACUGUGCCUUUAAACAGCUUGGAAAAUUCCAGAAAAUUAUAUUAUGGCUUUAGAAGCUUCUGAUAAGCUAAUUUACAUCAUUUGAGUCAAUUGGAGGUGUACCUGUGGAUGUAUUUCAAGGCCUACCUUCAAACUCAGUGCCUCUUUGCUUGACAUCAUCGGAAAAAUUGUAGACCUCCACAAGUCUGGUUCAUCCUUGGGAGCAAUUUCCAAAUGCCUGAAGGUACUACGUUCAUCUGUACAAACAAUAGUACGCAAGUAUAAACACCAUGGGACCACGCAGCCGUCAUACCGCUCAGGAAUGAGACCUAGAGAUUAACAUACUUUGGUGUGAAAAGUGCAACUCAAUCCCAGAACAACAGCAAAGGACCUUGUGAAGAUGCUGGAGGAAACGGGUACAAAAGUAUCUAUAUCCACAGUAGAACAAGUCCUAUAUCGACAUAACCUGAAAGGCCGCUCAGCAAGGAAGAAGCCACUGCUCCAAAACCGCCAUAAAAAAGCCAGACUACGGUUUGCAACUGCACAUGGGGACAAAGAUCGUACUUUUUGGAGAAAUGUUCUGGUCUGAUGAAACAAAAAUAGAACUGUUUGGCCAUAAUGACCAUCGUUAUGUUUGGAGGAAAAGGGGGGCUGCUUGCAAGCUGAAGAACACCAUCCCAACCGUGAAGCACGGGGGUGGCAGCAUCAUGCUGUGGGGGUGCUUUGCUGCAGGAGGGACUGGUGCACUCCACAAAAUAGAUGGCAUCAUGAGGAAGGAAAAUUAUGUGGAUAUAUUGAAGCAACAUCUCAAGACAUCAGUCAGGAAGUUAAAGCUUGGUCGCAAAUGGGUCUUCCAAAUGGACAAUGACCCCAAGCAUACUUGCAAAAUGGCUUAAGGACAACAAAGUCAAGGUAUUGGAGUGGCCAUCACAAAGCCCUGACCUUAAUCCUAUAGAACAUUUGUGGGCAGAACUGAAAAAGCGUGUGCGAGCAAGGAUGCCCACAAACCUGAUUCAAUUACAACAGCUCUGUCAUGAGGAAUGGGCCAAAAUUCACCCAACUUAUUGUGGGAAGCUUGUGUAAGGCUACCCGAAACGUUUGACCCAAGUUAAACAAUUUAAAGGCAAUGCUACCAAAUACUAAUUGAGUGUAUGUAAACUUCUGACCCACUGGGAAUGUGAUUAAAUAAAUAAAAGCUUAAAUAAAUAAUUCUCUCUACUAUUAUUCUGACAUUUCACAUUCUUAAAAUAAAGUGGUGAUCCUAACUGACCUAAAACAGGGAAUGUUUACUAGGAUUAAAUGUCAGGAAUUGUGAAAAACUGAGUUUAAAUGUAUUUGGCUAAUGUAAACUUCCGAUUUCAACUGUAUAUUCUUAAAUUACAUUCCUUACUUAGAUUUGUGUGUAUUGGGUAUAUGUUGUGAAAUUGUUAGAUAUUACUUAGAAAUUACUGCACUGUCGGAGCUAGAAGCACAAGCAUUUCACUACACCCGCAAUAACAUCUGCUAAACACGUGUAUGUGACAAAUCAAAUUUGAUUUGAUAUGCAUUUGAUGCAUAUGCUAAAAGGGGAUGCCCGGCAACAUUCUCUAGCGGGUACUGAUAGGCUGAAAGGUUCUAGUGGUAAAGGGUAUCCAUUGACUUGUGUUGUGUUGGUGGUCUUUCCCCAGAGCUAUGUGUGGUUUAACAUCGGUAGUGUGGACUCCUUCGAGAGGAACUUGGAGGCGGCUCAUCACGAGCUGGGCUUGGAGCCCUCUCAUAGGGCAGCUGUCAUGUACAACUCAGAGAGUGAUGGGUGAGUUAAUGCAGGGACACACACACGUUCAUGCCUUAAUAGGGCUAGACUAUUUCUCACUCUGAGAUUUGUUUUGAAGCACACUCAUAAGUCCAAUUUCAUGUACAAGCUGACAUUUUAACUAUGACUGUCACCAUCAUCAUCAUAAUUUGAACUGUGUCUGUCAGAUCAUCAUUUUACAAUUUUCCAUCCUCCUACAGGUCAUUUAUGAUGAGCAUGAUCCCAACCUUGCUGUUGAUUGGUUUCCUGCUUUUCACCUUGCGGCGGGGACCAAUGGGAGGAGGCGUUGGGGGUGGGAGAGGCGGUCCCUUCAGCAUGAGCGAAUCAACAGCAAAGAUGAUGAAGGACAACAUCAACACCAAGUUCAAGGACGUGGCCGGCUGUGAGGAGGCCAAGCUGGAGAUCCUGGAGUUUGUUAACUUCCUGAAGAACCCCCAGCAGUACCUGGACCUGGGGGCUAAGAUCCCAAAGGUAAGGGAUGGGACAACUAGGGCUGGGCGGUAUACCAUAUUUUACUAUAUACCGGUAUUGAUGCACGGACCGGUUUUGGGAUUUUACUUUACCUUCUAUAACGGUAUUUCAAUGUUUGGUUUGUUAAAUGUGAUACGCAACUCUGGCGCGUAUACUGCCAGUUUUAGUCCCCUGUAGCUCAGUUGGUAGAGGAUGGCGCUUGCAACGCCAGGGUUGUGGGUUCGUUUCCCACGGGGGGCCAGUAUAAAAAAUUAAUGCACUCACUGGCUGUAAGUCGAUCUGGAUAAGAGCGUCUGCUAAAUGACAACAUUUUUAGUUAUGCCGCUAACCACACCAAACUCUGCCCCCUGUCACUUAAGGAGAGAGCAGUUGCUCGACCACUGAGUCACGAGCACUUUCUUGCCGUUCACGCUGCAUGGUCAGAUGGAUGCAACAAUGUUGGUGACACGCUGCGUUCCACACACGUUCUAUACAUUAUAUUAGUUUGUGUAUCUUACUGUCUGCAAACUACUAUCUGCUAGUUUGGGUUUUCUUAGCAAGGUGUUGCUAAAAUAAGUUGUGUUAGCCGCUAAUGCUAAUCGCUAGUUAGCUGGCUACCUAGCUUGCUAAAUGUACUAACACAGAUAGAACAAUGAGCCAGAUAUUUCAUCAGAUGUAUAAAUAUGAAGCAUCCAGUUGGCGUUUCCACUCACUACCAAAUAUGGUGAUGAGAGGAAGCCCAGUGGACGGCAGUGGGAGAAGAUGGAGUGAGAUGGACUUUAGCUGACAUUCUGCUAAUUUUCUCAUCUAUGAAACAUUUGAUCUCCAUACAGUUUUCUGUUUCCAAAACUAGAAUCUGUAACAGAGUGGAAUGCUUUUUGUAGACUUUACCUUUUGCCAAAAUUUCUAAACAUUUCAUAGUUUAGGAGGAGUGCGAAUUGAGUUAUCGCACUUCACAGAGUAGGCGUACCCUAACGGAAAUAUGCAAAUAAAUUCUAGAAUGCGCCAAUAGGAUCUUACUAGCUCGUGCUUGGCUCUGCCCACCUCCUUGCAUAUUCUGCCCACUAUGAUUCAUUUGCUCCAAUUGGAAACGACAGGCUCUGGUCUGUCUUGAGUUAGUUAUAUACAUAUUUGGUACUAAGUGUCAGAGUAAACGUAGCUAGCUUACUAAUACUGCCUGGUACCAGUUCUGGUGUAGGCCUUCAAUCGAAAAGCAUGUUUGUGCAAUGGUAUCUUAUCAGAGAGGAAUAGUCGAGGUAUGAAUAUGUAGCCUCGAGGGAGAAAAUGCAGUUUAAUUUUAGAUGAAGUAUGCUGUCAUUUCAUAACCCAUGAGAAAUGAACGUCCCAUUAGACUUGCAUAAAUCAAUGUCAGGUGUUUUAAAUCUCAUGUGUUGUGCUGUGUUUUCUCAGGGUGCUGUGCUCUCUGGACCUCCAGGCACAGGCAAGACCCUGCUGGCCAGGGCCACAGCAGGAGAGGCCAACGUCCCCUUCAUCACUGUCAACGGCUCUGAGUUCCUGGAGAUGUUUGUGGGUGUUGGGCCUGCCAGGGUGAGUUCACACUAGAGCCAGAGGGAACACUUACACAUGACUUCAUCACAUCCAUUUCAAAUCAAAUGAUGUGCAUUUUAGAUCAUAGCUGAAAAAUAGCUAUAUCUACUAGCUAGCUAACCACAGGGAUACAUUUCAAUCCAUUUUACUUGAAGUACAUUGCUUACUGUGAGGAUGUGAAUGAAGCUGUUUUAGAGACGUAGUAUUGAAUGUUUUCCCCCUGUAGGUGAGAGACAUGUUUGCCAUGGCCCGGAAGAACGCCCCCUGUAUCCUAUUUAUAGAUGAGAUAGAUGCUGUGGGCCGCAAGAGGGGCGGGGGGAAUUUUGGGGGCCAGAGCGAGCAGGAGAACACGCUCAACCAGCUGCUAGUAGAGAUGGAUGGUGAGUAUGGUUAAGAUAUGGGUGAAAUUAGAUGGCAAAUGAUCACACUCACUAUCAUAUUUAUGAAAUAAUAACUAUUAUUAUGUGACAUUGUCACUCUAUGAUGUCAUCUGUUAUAAAGCUGUUAUUUUCUGCCAUUACUCUAAAAUGUUUACUCAAUGAACUGUAAUGCAUAUACUGUAAGGGUAAUUCCCUGGUGUUUUUCCUCUAGGGUUCAACACCAGCACUAACGUGGUCAUCCUGGCCGGCACCAAUAGACCAGACAUCUUGGAUCCUGCACUCAUGAGGCCUGGCAGAUUUGACAGGCAGAUUUACAUAGGUAUGGAAUCUUUCAAUUGAACUUGAGCUCAGGCAACAUAGUGUGCUGUGGUAAUUUUUGUGAAAUGUCAACAUACUGCAUAUUGAUAUUCAUAUUGACAAGUACUACCCAUUCGGUAAGACUUUGUAAACCUAAAUAAGGACUUCAUAACACAUUUAUAACCCAUACAUAACAAUUUUCUAAUCAGCGGACUAUAUGAGCAUUUAAUGAAAUUCAAUACAUGUUUCAGGCCCACCUGACAUCAAAGGCAGGGCGUCCAUCUUCAAAGUGCACUUACGGCCCAUCAAACUGGACCCUGCUAUGGACAAAGAUGGACUGGCCAGGAAGAUGGCUGCCGCUACACCAGGCUUCACAGGCAAGUUGAGCUGCUCUGUGUGAGAAGAUGCCAUGUUGAUUAUCUUGUAAAUGUUAGUUAUUUUAAACAUCCUCUCUGUCUUCCUGUCUUCACCAGGAGCCGACAUAGCUAACGUGUGUAACGAGGCUGCCCUCAUUGCUGCUAGACACCUCAACCCACAUGUGGAAGGAAAACACUUUGAGCAGGCCAUCGACAGGGUCAUUGGAGGUGGGUUGUAAUGUCUUCCAGCUCCUUGUAUUAUUAUGUUAUCUCUGCUUUGAGAAUCAGUGUUAAUUAAAUCAACACUAACUAUGACAAUAAAUAUUUGUCAACAACCUAAUUUCCCUGAUGAAAAGUAAUGACGAUAACGAUACGAGAUGCCAUGGAAAAAAACCGAUAACUAACAAAUUUGUUUUCAUUUUAGUUGACAAAAAUGUUUUCGAGAUGAGAAAUCCACUUGAGACUAUUGGACAUUCAAUUUGACAUAAACAUUGAGUCAACGUGGAAACAACGUUUAUUUAACCAGUCUGUGCCCAAUGGGAAGCUCCUUUUCAUCAGUUUAGUCCAAUCAUAAGCAUGCAUGCCAAGUAUUUAAAGCAAUCCUCUCAAUGGCAGAAUUAACGUCUUUCAGUUGUGUGAUCUAAUUGAGCCGAUCUGCCCGGCUCUCCCACACAGCUCCCAGGCGGUCAAUCAGUCACUCGUCAGUCUUUUGAACUGAUGGGCAGCCAGGACACUUCAAUUGUAACUAACUUAAACUAGAAACAAGAAUGUUUACCCUCUCUUACUUUCAUGUAGGCUAUGGAAAAGAAAACAACUAAAUCUAAAAUAGCUGACAAAAUGAUCAGUGUUGUGACUGUCCCAUCUUUAGGACGAGGUGAGGUGUGGAUGGGAAUAGCAGCAGUAUUAUAUCUUCACCAUUCUGUGUCUCUCUGUCUCUUCGUCUCUGUGUGUGUGUGUAGGUCUGGAGAAGAAGACCCAGGUUCUGCAGCCCAAUGAGAAGAAGACUGUAGCGUACCAUGAGGCUGGCCACGCCAUAGUGGGCUGGUUCCUGCAACAUGCCGACCCACUGCUGAAGGUACAGUAACUCCCUCCUUUUAAGGCCCGGUUUUGUUUACCUGGCUGUUUGGUUAGGGGUUGCUAACCAGAUAAAUAUUAUUAUACCUAUAAAUCAUGUUUUUAUGAGCACAUUUGCAUUUGACUUUCAUAGUGCAGUUUAGACACUGUGUGUUGGUGUGAAUAGAGCAGGGUGUUCCAGACUCUGUCUUGGCCCCCCCCUGGGUGCACGUUUUGGUUUUUGCCCAAGCACUACACAGCUGAUUCAAAUAAUCAAAGCUUGAUGAGUUGGUUAUUUGAAUCAGCAGUGUAGUGCUCGGGCAAAAACAAACUCCCAAUGCUGUCCAGUCUCAAAACUGUAAGUCGCUUUGGAUAAAAGCGUCUGCUAAAUGGCAUAUUAUAUAUUAUUAUUAUAAAACGCAUCUUAUACAUCCCAGGCGUGAAAUAGUGUACAAAUCAACCAAGUCCCACUGCAGUACUGUACACAUGAACAUGGUCAUACUGAACAGUUUCUGACAUUGGCUUGCAGACGGGUCAAUGACAGUGUAUGUCACACACCUGGAUCACAGGUUGGAAUAUGGAGAUGUUGAAUGGAUUUGAGUGGGGUUCUAAAAUAAUAACUUUGAUUCUCCUGCAUGGGUUUAUCACAUAUUUAGGUUUCAAAAUUGACAUGGCCCAAAAUGAGUAUGUUUGUCUUCUCAAUUGCAUAAAUCAGUUAUUGUCGCGUGCACAUACAUUACAUGACCAGAAGUAUGUGGACACCUGCUCGUCGAACAUCUCAUUUCAAAAUCAUGGGCAUUAAUAUGGAGUUGGUCCCCCUUUGCUGCUAUAACAGCCUUCACUCUUCUGGGAAGGCUUUCUGCUAGAUGUUGGAACAUUGCUCCGGGGACAUGCUUCCAUUCAGCCACAAGAGCAUUAGUGAGGUCGGUCACUGAUGUUGGGCGAUUAGGCCUGGCUCGCAGUCUGCGUUCCAAUUCAUCCCAAAGGUGUUCGAUGGGGUUGAGGUCAGGGAUCUCUGCAGGCCAGUCAAGUUCUUCCACACCGAUCUCAACAAACCAUUUCUGUAUGGACCUCGCUUUGUGCACAGGGAGCAUUGUCAUGCUGAAACAAUAAAGGGCCUUCCCCAAUCUGUUGCCACAAAGUUGGAAGCACAGAAUCGUCUAAAAUGUCAUUGUAUGCUGUAGCAUUAAGAUUUCCCUUCACUGGAACUAAGGGGCCUAGCCCGAACCAUGAAAAACAGCCACAGACCAUUAUUCCUCCUCCACCAAACUUUACAGUUGGCCCUAUGCAUUGGGGCAGGUAGCGUUCUCCUGGCAUCCGCCAAACCCAGAUUAGUCUGUCGGACUGCCAGAUGGUGAAGCGUGAUUCAUCACUCCAGAGAACGUGUUUCCACUGCUCCAGAGUCCAAUGGCGGCGAGCUUUACACCACUCCAGCCGAUGCUUGGCAUUGUACAUGGUAAUCUUAUGCUUGUGUGCGGCUGCUCGGCCAUGGAAACCCAUUUCAUGAAGCUCCCGACGAACAGCUCUUGUGCUGACGUUGCUUCCAGAGGCAGUUUGGAACUCGAUAGUGAGUGUUGUAACCGAGGACAGGUGAUUUUUACGCGCUUCAGUGCUCGGUGGACCCGUUCUGUGAGCUUGUGGAGCCUACCACUUCACUGCCAAUGUUUGUCUAUGGAGAUUGCAUGGCUGUGUGCUCGAUUUUACACACCCGUCAGCAACGCGUGUGGCUGAAAUAGCCGCGUCCACUAAUUUGAAGGGGUGUCCACAUACUUUUGUGUAUAUAGUUUAUUUUGCAGAUGUUAUCGCAGGUGCAGCGAAAUGCUUAUUUAUUUUAGCUCCAACAGUGCAGUAUACCAAGCAAUAUAAAACAAUACACACAAAUCCCCAAAAUAAAAAUUAAGACAUUAAGAAAUAUCUGAACGAAUGUUUGAACUCUGACCUCCACAUGAAACAACUGGAAUCAAUAGGAGACCUGUGAGACUUGUUAGAAGUCAUUAUACUGUAUAACUAUGAGUCUGAAGAGCAAACUAGAUCCCCCUGACGGGUAGCAGUCUGCAGGCAGAGCGGUCUCUUUGUGUGGACGUUAAGGCUUACGUCAUGUCAUGAGGUGCUUUAUGGCCCAAUUCAAUCAAACAUCCAUUCUGCAGUUGAAAAAUCACGUUCUGUAGGUUCAGCUCCAUGUUUUUCUCUCUGCAAUGAGGGUCUCUUGCAGAGUGAGUUUGAUGCAAGUGUUGGGCUAUGAUUUGAUGUGAUUUAUUUGACAAUUUUAAAAACACAAUUCAACCGUACGUGUUGAUACAAUGAGAUUAAAAUAUGUGGCAUGUGUGAUCUAGAAAGAGCAGGAUUUAUAAAGUUGCUUUUCUUUCACUAUUCUAAUACCAUGUGUCCCUCUUCUCUCCCCCUAGGUGUCCAUCAUCCCCAGAGGGAAGGGGUUAGGCUACGCCCAGUACCUUCCCAAGGAGCAGUACCUGUACACGCGGGAACAGCUUUUUGACAGGAUGUGUAUGAUGCUGGGUGGACGUGUGGCUGAACAGGUGUUCUUUGGGAAAAUCACCACAGGAGCACAGGACGACCUGAAGAAGAUCACCCAGUCAGCCUACGCACAGGUAGCCUACUGUAUGGUAUUCAGAGGAAAGUUAAAGCGCUGCACUUAACACUUUAAUUGAUGGCUAAGCUAACGUUUCAGCCUCACAGCCUUCGUCAGAGAUUUCAGAAUGAAUCACCAGAGCUUUUAAAAUGAAUCCCCAGUUACAAUCAGAAAACAAAGCAGUGGUUAAAUAAAGCUAUGGUUACUAUUCAACAAUGUUGAUAGGAAUUUGUCUUGGAAAAUGUUACUGUCUAUUAUAAACUGGGUGGUCGAGCCCUGAAUGCUGAUAAAUGACAAAACAUUUAUUUGUACUGCUCUAAUUAUGUUGGUAACCAGUUUAUAAUAGCAAUAAGGCACCUCGGGGGUUUGUGGUAUAUGGCCAAUAUACCACGGCUAAGGGCUGUGUCCAGGCACUCCGCGUUGCGUCGUACAUAAGAACAGACCUUAGCCGUGGUAUAUUGGCCAUAUAUCACAACCCCUCGGGUCUUAUUGCUUAAUUAUCUCACAGUACCUGUUGGAUUUAUAAUCCCCACAUCUCUUCUUGUCUCCAGAUAGUGCAGUUUGGGAUGAGUGAGAAGGUAGGCCAGGUGUCUUUUGACCUUCCUCGGCAAGGGGAGAUGGUGAUGGAGAAGCCUUACAGCGAGGCCACUGCAGAGCUCAUAGACCAGGAGGUCAGAGACCUGGUGGACAGCGCCUACCAGAGGACCAUGGAGCUGAUUGUGGACAAGAGAGAGUGUGUGGACAUGGUGAGAAUUGCAUUGACCUACAUGAACAUCACGUAGUUCUAAGGUUUUCAGAGUGCUGUCGUCAUGUCAUGCGCUCUUGUCAAGGGCACAUCCGUCUAGAUUUUUAUUUUCUUGCUGAGCUUAAAGAUGGAAUCCGCAGUAGGGGGAAAAAGUUGUUUCUGAGCUGAGGAGCGUCGUGCAACAUGGUACAAAAUUGCAGUACAUAUUGUGCUCUUCUAUCGCGCGUGCAAUGAUGUCUGAUGGGAAAAAAUUGUGUUUGUUGCAGUAACUUCUUUGUUGUGGUAAUAUCUCAAAUGGACGUGGCUGUAUCACCCUUAAGGAUUCCAGCUUUAAUAUCAAACAUAAACCUAGUAGUCCCUAGAGCUGCUGUCUGGCUCUUUCUCAUGUCCAUCCUGAUGUGUCAUGAAUAUCACUGGGACCCCACCGUUCAUCUCUCCUCUCCCCAGGUGGGGAAGCGUCUCCUGGAGAAGGAGGUCCUGGACAAGGCCGACAUGUUGGAGCUGCUGGGGCCACGGCCGUUUGAGGAGAAGUCAACCUAUGAGCAGUUUGUGGAGGGGACAGGCAGCUUUGAAGAGGACACCAGCCUCCCAGAGGGCCUGAAGGACUGGAACCAGGAGAGAGGGGACCUAGCUGAGGAGCUGGACACAGCCAAGGAGAAACAGGCCCAAUAAGCAGGACACAGUGACAGGCAACCUCCUAACCUAACCCCUGUCUUAGCAACACACACCACACCAGUCAUGUAGCCUAGGCAGAGAGGAGGGUUGGGUGACUUAGCAUAGUACACUGCCUCCCGGACAUAUUUAUCUGAGUGCAAAACAAACUUUUAAACAGAAUGCAAAUCUUUCAAUGCCUUAUUAUUGGUCAAAUUGGGGGUGAGCCUCAAGGCUAAAUGUAAUGGACAGUGGACACAUUGUGAUGGAGAGAUUUUAUAUUUUCAUGAGUUGCAUGUUGUUUUCUCUUUCUCCACAUAAAUACGUUUGUCAAAACUGAAUAAUGUACAUUUGCCUCAUAAGACCAGAUUGUGUUUUGAUAUGUUCAGCUAUUUAUUUCAAUAAAAGGGGCUUCUUCCCAACUAUUUAUUUCCCUCCCUCAAAUGAAUGCUACAUUUCAAAACGUGUCGUUCAUCUCUAUAUACCAAUGACAUAAAGGUACUGGUUAUGAACAAUGUUCAUAUCCUAAUUUAUCAAUAUGCUACUGGCAGAAAGACAGAAAUAUACUCCCCUAGAUGUGUUGAAAUGUGCACUGCCUCUUCCAUCUCUCAGGCUUGCACUGGUAAUUUGUGAUUAUGUCUUCACACUACAACUGUAUAGUGUGUGUGUUAAGCCCAGUUUAUACCUGAUGGAAUCCUUUGGUUCCUUUGUCCUGAUCUUGUCUACAUUCUGAUUGGCCCACAUUUCCAGAAAUGUGUCUACACAUGGUAUUAAAAUGGCUGUUAUGCGUCC